CCGCGCAGGAAGCGGAAGGCACCGUCUGACCUUCCUCAUCCUCUUCCUCCGCCUCCCGAGCAGCGGCCGGGCUCGGAGCAUGGCGGUGCCGCGACUCCUGCGGGCAGCAGCCCCGCGGCUCUACAGCACCGUACCCGUACCGGCCCCAGCCUCAGCGGCCCGGCCCCAUGCGGUGGAUGAUGACAGACUGCUCACGGUGCCACUCAGCCACCCUGACUACUUCAACGUGAAGGAGCUCUUCUCCCUGAAGGAUCUCUUUAAUGCUCGGGUACACCUGGGGCACAAAAAGGGAUGUCGGCAUAGGUUCAUGGAGCCGUACAUCUUCGGCUGCCGCCUGGAGCAGGACAUCAUCGACCUGGAUCAAACCAUGGAGCACCUCCAGCUGGCCCUCAACUUCACCGCCCACGUCGCCUACCGCAAGGGCAUCAUCCUCUUCGUGGGCCGCAAGCGCCAGUUUUGCCACCUGGUGGAGAGCACGGCGCGGGAGUGCGGGGAGUACGCCCACACCCGCUACUGGCAGGGCGGGCUGCUCACCAACGCCCACGUCCGCUUCGGCGCCGGCGUCCGCCUGCCCGACCUCCUCAUCUUCCUCAGCAGCCUCAACAACGUCUUUGAGCCCCACGUGGCCAUCCGCGAUGCCGCCAAGAUGAACAUCCCCACGGUGGGGGUGGUGGACACGAACUGCAACCCCUGUUUGAUCACCUACCCGAUCCCCGGCAACGACGACAGCCCCUCGGCCGUGGAGCUCUACUGCAGGCUCUUCAAGAUGACAAUCAUCCGUGCCAAGGACAAGAGGAGGCAGAAUGAGGCUUUCGAGAAGCUGCGCGGCAAAGCGGAGGGCAAGUAGAGCCCAAAGGACAGGCACGGCCAGGCCUAGCAGCUUGCUGAUGGGCGUCCUUGUUCUGCUCCCCUGGGUGCUGCAGCACUGACACUGCACCCAGAGCACCAGCUCUUGGCAGAGCUGGGCUGGUUGAGGAAGGGAGCCCUCAGCUCUGCUGCUGUGCAGAAGUCCCGUGGUGCUCACAGCAGUGGUGAGUCUCUGGCUCCAAAGGAAAGUGUCCAGAGUGAUAUGAGGAGAGAGGAGCCAGACCCAAGCCAGCUCCUGUCCUUGUGUUCGUCCCUGUUGCAAGGAGGUGCCUCUGUUCUGUGGCCUUCCUGUUCCUGAGCUUGUGACCUCAGAUGAAAUCUUGUAUCUCGCUCCUCUUGACAAAUAAAGGUGCCUGUGGUCCUU